AUGAGACCCGUAUUGCUGUCAGGCCAUGAACGGGCCUUGACCCAAGUAAAAUACAACCCCGAUGGCGACAUCAUCUUCUCCGUCUCCAAAGACCACGUCGUUUGCGCCUGGUACAGCGGCAACGGCGAGCGGCUCGGAACCUACCACGGGCAUGUUGGCGCCCUCUGGAGCGUCGAUGUUGAUCCUACCUCCACCCUACUCGCAACCGGUGGCGCCGACAACACGAUGAGGCUGUGGGAAGUGAAGACCGGGAAACUGCUGAAGACGUGGGAGUUCGCUACCUCGAUCAAGCGGGUUGAGUUCUCGCCUGAUGGGAGACUACUGCUCGGCGUUACGGAGAAGCGAAGCGGGCAUCUGGGAACGAUCGUAGUGUACGAAAUCGAUCCGGAGAAGGGCGAGGACCAGUCGGAUGAGCAGUACUUGCGGAUACUGUGCGAGGAGUCCAAGGCUACGGUCGCAGGCUUCAGCUACCUCGCAAAGUACAUCAUUGCGGGCCACGAGGACGGCUCGGUAACGCAGUACGAUGCAAAGACGGGAGAGGAGUACAAGAACGUACAGGUGCAUGAGCCGGAUAUGAUGGUUACGGACCUGCAGUGGGCGCCUGAUCGGACGUACUUUAUCACUGCGUCGAAGGACAAGACAGCCAAGCUCGUCUCCGCUUUUGACCUCGAAAUCCUAAAAUCCUACAGCACCGACACCCCACUCAACUCUGCCGCGAUAACACCGGUAAAAGACUACGUGAUCCUGGGAGGCGGCCAAGCAGCCAUGGACGUCACGACUACAUCCGCACGACAAGGCAAAUUCGAAGCGCGCUUCUACCACAAGAUCUUCAUGGAGGAGAUCGGCCGUGUGAGAGGACACUUUGGCCCUCUGAACUACGUGGCCGUGCAUCCUAAAGGGGAAGGGUAUUGCUCCGGCGGUGAGGACGGUUACGUGCGGGUGCAUCACUUUGACAAGGCAUACUUCGAUUUCAAGUAUGAGGUGGAAAGGGAACAGGCGAAUCUGUGA